AUGGUCGGGUCAAAAGGCUUGCGGGCCAACCCAGAUAAGAUUGAUGCUGUUCUUACAAUGAAGCCUCCGACGUCGGUUAAAGAAAUUCAGUCCUUAAAUGGACGGUUGGCUGCUCUCCAUCGGUUCUUGUCAAAAGCAGUAGACCGGUCGCUCCCGUUCAUGGAUGUUCUCAGAAAAAGCUUUAGAUCGGAGUUUAAAUGGACGGAAGAAGCCGCACGAGCUUUCGAAGAGCUUAAAACUUGCCUGGGCACUUUGCCAACCCUCACCGUACCGGAAGAAGAUGAGGUAUUAACGGUAUACUUAGCCGCAUCGUUCGGAGCUAUCAGUGCGGUGUUAGUUGCUCACCACACUGGGAAGCAAAUCCCCAUUUAUUACGUAAGCCGAACGUUAAAAGAUUACGAAACAAGAUACUCAAACUUGGAAAAAUUAGCUCUGGCACUAGUCCAUGCUUCAAGAAGACUUCGCCGAUACUUUCAGGCCCAUCCAAUCGAGGUACGAACAGACCAGAGAAUCCAGCACGUUCUCCGACGACCUGAAGUUUCGGGUCGAAUGGCAAAAUGGGCGAUUGAAUUGGGCGCAUUCAACAUCACCUUCCGAACUAAAGGUCCGUUGAAAGGACAGGUAAUAGGGGAUUUCUUAGUUGAAAUUCCGGAAGAUAAAGAAACGGAAGAAGUUGAAAAAGCUAGAGAAAAGUCGUGGUCCCUGUAUACCGAUGGAGCUUCUAGUGCCGAAGGAGCAGGGGCGGGUCUAAUUCUCACCGAUCCAGAUGGAACGGAUAUGACGUAUGUGCUCCGGCUAGAAUUCAAGAGUUCAAACAAUGAAGCUGAGUACGAGGCCCUCUUAGCCGGCCUACACCUAGCGCUGAAAGUCGGAGCAAAAAAUGUCAUAGCCCAUGUAGAUUCGUUGCUCGUAGCAAAUCAGGUAAACGGAGAAUAUGAGGCGAGGGAAGCAAACAUGGUAGAAUAUCUCGAACAGGUAAAGCAAGCUAUGGCAUCAUUCGAAGCAUGUAAGGUCGAGCAUAUUCCCCGUAGCAAGAACAAGAAGGCUGAUGCUUUGAGCAAGUUGGCAUCGGUGUCGUUCAGUCACCUAGCCAAGGAAGUAAGAGUGGAAGUUUUAACUACGCCUUCAAUCGCAGCUCCGCAAGUUAUGCAGGUCGAAGCACCGUCGCAAACGUGGAUGACGCCAAUAAUUAACUACUUGGUGCAUGAAGUUUUGCCGACCAACAAAGCGGAAGCAAGAAAGGUCCAAGUCAACUCUCUUCAAUACCAGAUGCAAGAAGGAGGCUUAUACCGAAAGACUUUUCUUGGACCACUGCUAAAGUGUCUGGACCCGGAGCAAGCCAGUUAUAUCAUCAGGGAAAUACACUAUGGCAUCUGUGUAUUCCAUGCCGGACCUAAGAUGAUUGUGACGAAAGUCAAAAACGCAGGGUAUUACUGGCCCGGGAUGCAUGAAAGCGCCGUAAAAGAGCUCCAACAGUGUGACGAGUGCCAAAAGCACGCACCAAUCAGCCUCCGAGCCAAGAAUGAAAUGAUACCGGUAACUGCUGCAUGGCCCUUCCAAAAGUGGGGCGUCGAUAUCGUCGGGCCUUUUCCAAGAUCAAGCGGAAGCGCUCAAUACCUGCUAGUCACGGUGGAUUAUUUCACCAAGUGGGUGGAAGCUCGACCGUUUACAGUCAUCUCCGGCUACAACGUGGCACGUUUCUUCUGGGAACAAAUAGUAUGCCGAUUCGGUCUUCCACUCUACAUCAUAAGUGACAAUGCAAAGCAGUUUGCAGAGAACCCAUUCAAACGCUGGAGGCUUGGUUACGAGGGAAAAGGCUGGGUGGACGAGUUGCCAAACGUUUUAUGGGCACACCGAACACUGCACAAGACUAGCAAUGGAGAAACACCGUUUAGUCUGACUUACGGUACCGAAGCAGUGAUUCCCGCUGAGAUCGGACUCCCAAAUCGGAGGUGCAAGAAUUGGGAGGAAAAUGAACAUGAACUCCGGUCUAACCUUGAUUUGUUAGAAGAACGCCGGAACAUCGCGGCAAUCAAGGAAGCCCGAUACAAGAAGAAGAUUGAGAAAUACUAUAACGCCCGGGCUAAACUCUACAAAUUCAAGGUCGGAGAUUACGUGCUCCGAAACAACGAUGCAAGCCGCGUCGAAGCUCCCGGCAAGCUAACCCUUAAAUGGGAGGGACCGUAUCGAGUCAAAGAAGCUAGCAAUAAGGGCUCGUAUGUGUUGGAAAAGAUUGAUGGAACGCCAGUACCCCGGACGUGGAACGGGGUGCAUUUAAAGAAAUGCUUCAUGUGA